AUGACUACGAUUUUUAAGCCCACAGCCAGGUUAUUCCCAGAAGUUGGCCCUCCGCACCAGACCCCCGCAGCCCGUAGCCCGCCUCGGGCGAAAGGCCUCCCGGGCUCCUGCGGCGCAGCCGCGCUGACAACUUGUCGAGUAGCUAGCCGCCCUGGAGGAGCUGGGGGCUCGCGCAGGCGUCAGAGCCGGGCAGCGCGCGCCGCAAGACUAGCGCGCAAGCGCCGCGGCCUCAGGCGAACGAACGGGCGGUGUAGUGCAGGGGCUUCGAAACAUAAGUUGCAUUACAGAAAGGAAGUAGAAAUUACAACCACACUUCAGGAAUUGUUACUCUACUUUAUUUUUUUAAUAAACCUAUGUAUAUUGACUUUUGGGAUGGUAAACCCACAUAUGUAUUACUUAAACAAGGUUAUGUCAUCUCUAUUUUUGGACACUUCUGUGCCUGGUGAAGAAAGAACCAACUUUAAGUCCAUUCGCAGCGUAACUGAUUUUUGGAAGUUUAUGGAAGGACCCCUUUUGGAAGGUCUGUACUGGGAUUCAUGGUACAAUAACCAGCAGCUGUAUAAUUUAAAGAACAGCAGUCGCAUCUACUAUGAAAAUAUACUUCUAGGAGUUCCCAGAGUUCGUCAACUAAAAGUCCGCAACAACACAUGCAAAGUCUAUUCCUCUUUUCAGUCUUUGAUGAGUGAAUGUUAUGGCAAAUAUACUUCUGCAAAUGAAGACCUCUCUAAUUUUGGCCUUCAAAUUAAUACUGAAUGGAGAUAUUCUACUUCUAAUACCAACUCCCCUUGGCACUGGGGAUUUCUUGGUGUUUACCGAAAUGGGGGAUACAUUUUCACUUUAUCAAAAUCGAAAUCUGAAACCAAAAACAAGUUCAUUGACCUUCGACUGAACAGCUGGAUCACAAGAGGGACUAGAGUUAUUUUUAUUGAUUUUUCCUUAUAUAAUGCUAAUGUAAAUCUAUUUUGUAUUAUCAGAUUGGUGGCAGAAUUCCCUGCAACUGGAGGAAUACUUACUUCAUGGCAGUUUUACUCUGUGAAGCUCCUCAGAUAUGUUAGCUACUAUGACUAUUUUAUUGCUUCCUGUGAAAUCACAUUCUGUAUUUUUCUUUUUGUCUUCACAACACAAGAAGUCAAAAAAAUAAAAGAAUUUAAGUCUGCCUAUUUCAAAAGUAUUUGGAACUGGCUAGAAUUGCUACUUUUGCUGUUGUGUUUUGUGGCUGUUUCCUUCAACACAUACUAUAAUGUACAAAUUUUUCUCUUACUGGGACAGCUGUUGAAAAGUACUGAAAAAUAUUCAGAUUUCUAUUUUCUUGCAUGCUGGCACAUUUAUUACAAUAAUAUGAUUGCUAUUACCAUCUUUUUUGCAUGGAUAAAGAUAUUCAAAUUCAUAAGCUUUAACAAGACAAUGUCUCAGCUGUCAUCAACCUUGUCCCGUUGUAUUAAAGACAUAGUAGGAUUUGCCAUCAUGUUUUUUAUAAUAUUCUUUGCUUAUGCCCAGUUAGGAUUUCUUGUUUUUGGAUCACAAGUUGAUGACUUUUCCACUUUUCAGAAUUCCAUAUUUGCACAAUUUCGAAUUGUUCUUGGAGAUUUUAAUUUUGCUGGUAUUCAGCAAGCCAAUCCUAUCUUGGGACCCAUUUACUUCAUCACUUUCAUCUUUUUUGUGUUCUUUGUCCUGCUGAAUAUGUUCUUGGCAAUUAUUAAUGAUACCUAUUCUGAAGUGAAAGCUGACUAUUCAAUAGGCAGAAGGCCAGAUUUUGAACUUGGCAAAAUGAUUAAACAGAGUUACAAAAAUGUUCUCGAGAAAUUCAGACUGAAGAAAGCUCAAAAAGAUGAAGACAAGAAAACUAGCAAAGGCAGCGGAGAUUUGGCUGAACAAGCCGGAAGAGAAGGCUUUGACGAAAAUGAGAUUCAAAAGGCAGAGCAGAUGAAAAAAUGGAAAGAGAGGCUUGAGAAAAAGUAUUAUUCUAUGGAAAUUCAAGAUGACUACCAGCCUGUCACUCAAGAAGAAUUUCGAGAACUUUUUUUAUAUGCUGUGGAACUGGAGAAGGAAUUACACUACAUCAAUUUGAAGCUAAAUCAAGUGGUGAGAAAGGUUUCAGCUCUAUAGUAUUGAGACAAGUGGAGUCAUUCUGUAAGAAAAAGGCAACAGAAGAAUUCAGUAUGAAGAUUUUCCUCCAAUUUUCUUCAGUAAUGAGAAACAAAAAGUUGGUAAUAACAAAAAGCUUGCAUUUCCAAAGUUCUUGAAGUUGAAAGGAUAAAAUUCUAGUCUUUUGCUAAAAGGAUGUAUCUGUAGUACAAAACAAUGAAGUAAACCAUAUGUUUGCUAAAGGUGGAGAGGACAGUCUGUGGUUAAUAUGGAACAUCACUUACGCUCCCUUGAGAGGGCCUACUUACUCUCCCAUCAUUUGUUUUGUUUAGUGGCACCACAACCAAGUACAAAAUGAGAUUCUCUGAGUGCCUGACAAAAUGAAUUUAAGUACCAGCCAAGUACACACGAUGAUAGCUUCAAGGAAUACAACUGACUUUAUGAUAUGAAUUUUCAAGGAACGUAUCUUAUAUGGAUUUUGAAGAAUCUUGUUUGCUUAUAAGAACUUCAAGAAGCCUAAGCUUGGCUUUAAUUUUCUUGUACUCUCUGUACUCCUCAAGCACUGGAACACGAUCCUCUUUCUGGGCAUUCCUAGGGGAGAAAAUAAAAUUUGUAAUGUUCUAGAGAUCAUUUGGAAAAAAAGAUCCAAAAGUUGUCUUAAUAUGAGACAUACUGUUACUAAACGUAAGUUCAAAUAAAAAGUUGUUCUGUU